AUGUCACAGAGUAAAAUAGAUGAUUUGCUGGAGAGUAUAAGACAUGAAUUUGUCAAAGUGUCACAGGACGCAAAUUCAUAUCGAUUACAGAACCAAAAGGAUUUUAAUUUUAAAGUUGGCCAACAAUUGGCAGAAAUGCAACAAAUCAGAAGUACUGUCUAUGAACUAGAAUUGGCUCAUAAAAAAAUGAAGGACAGUUAUGAGGAAGAAUUAAGUCGUAUGAAGUUGGGAUUGGAAGAGAAGGAUCGUCAAAUUCAAUCUUUACUUAUUCAACAACAACAAUGGCAACAAAAAUUCCAAAUACAAAAUAUUUCUCAAAAUGCUUCUCAAACAUUUGAUGGUCCAAUAGUAGCCUUACAACAACCAGAUAAUAGACUUUCAGUUGCUAGUAUUACUAGUGAUAUUCAUAUGGUUGUCAAUUCGACAGCUGACAAUGCGACAAAAGCUCAAACAUCUAUACCUAUAACUACUACUAACGUUAAUGCUUCUGUUGCCAUGCCAACUAAUACAGUGUUACAUCCAGCAAACACACCAAUUACGCAUGUAGGGGUGAACUCAUUGAUUUCCCAGGAUAAUGAUGACAGUAGUUGUGGUAACAACUGGCAAAGACCACAGUCCACUAUAAAAUCUGAUGAUAUUAAACAUAAUCAAAAUACAAAUUCAAAUGCAAGUAAUGAUAGUUCUACCUCUAUUUCACCUUCUAUAAAUGUAUCUCAAGGGUUAGAUACUUCAGCAAUAGAGACAAAAGAAGUAAUUGCAAAUUUUAACGUAUCAACCAAUACAGAUUAUAAUAAUAAUACAGAGGCUAGCAAUGCCUUAGUUACUGUUUCAAGCCAAAUAGAAACCCAAAAUUCCGAUAAGAACGACAAUAAACAUAAUAAUAAAAAUACCAAUCGUAUUUUAAUUUCUAAUGAACGAUCAAAUAACUCUAAACCUAUUCCAAACUUUUUAUUAGAUUUAAAUCCAGUAAAUACUUUAGAACAGUGGAAAAAGGUGACACCAGAAUACUAUAUUUUGUAUAAUCCAUCAUUACCACGUAGUAUUGACGUUGAUCUAUAUAUGUCAUUUGAACAUUCUUCUGUAGUAUGUUGUGUCAAAUUCUCUAAUGAUGGGAAAUUUUUGGCUACUGGUUGUAACAGAACAGUACAGGUUUAUAAUUUAAUCACUGGUGAAUUAGCAUGUUCAUUAUCUGAUGAUAAGACUUUAAAUACGCAUUUGAAUCAAUCUACAAUCAUAUUAUUUAAUGAAACUAUUAACGACAGUGUAAAGGAUAAUAAUAGUAGUGAUUUAUAUAUUAGAUCAGUGUGUUUUUCCCCGGAUGGUAAAAUGUUAGCUACAGGUGCAGAAGAUAAAUUGAUAAGAAUUUGGGAUUUAGCAGAGAAAAAAAUUUGUAUGAUAUUAAAAGGUCAUGAACAAGAUAUUUAUUCUCUUGAUUAUUUCCCAUCCGGUGAUAAAUUAGUAUCAGGAUCAGGUGAUAAUACGGUGAAAAUCUGGGAUUUGACAACUGGACAAUGUUCCUUGACUUUAUCUGUUGAGGAUGGUAUCACUACCGUAGCAGCAUUACCUAAUACAGGUAAAUAUAUUGCUGCAGGUUCCUUAGACAGAUCUGUUUGUGUUUGGGAUUCAGAGACGGGCUAUCUUGUAGAAAGAUUAGAUUCAAAGAACGAAAUGAAUAAUGGACAUAGAGAUUCUGUAUACAGUGUUGUCUUUACAAAAGAUGGGAAGAGAAUUGUGUCUGGUUCAUUAGAUAAAACAGUAAAACUUUGGAGCUUGGCACAUUUAGAUAACAACAAUGUCAUAAAUGGGACAAGUCACUGUGAAGUAACGUAUGUAGGUCAUAAGGAUUUUGUGUUGUCGGUGACCACAUCAGAGAAUGAUGAAUAUAUUUUAUCUGGAUCCAAGGAUCGUGGUGUUAUCUUUUGGAAUUCUGAAACAGGAGAGCCGCUGUUGAUGUUGCAAGGUCAUAAGAACUCAGUCAUAUCUGUUACUAUGGCCAACAAUCACCCAAUAGGAGGUGAUUAUUUCUUAUUUGCUACAGGUAGUGGUGACUGCAAAGCUAGAGUAUGGAAGUAUCAAAAGAUCUUAAAAUAA